GGCCUGGGUGCAGGGAGAGGCCAGAAAGACUCCAGCAACUACAGGAAGGCAGGUCAGAGACCCCACUGGACAAACAGUGGCUGGACUCUGCCCCGUAACACACAGUCAACAGGAGAGUAAGCUGGGGUCCUUGUUUCUGGUCCCUAAGUGGGUAGUCUGAGCUUAUUGGGGAGGAGCUGGGGCCUGAGAGGCGGUGCCGAAGGGGAGAGUCCUGGACCUUGGGCAGCAAAAGGUGGGAGUUGUAUAGUUUCUAUUUCCUUGACUGGCAGUUUAGCGGGGCCCUCCCGCUCGGAUGUUCCCGGAAAGUGAUGUGGGCAGGGCAGGCGGGGCAAGCCGCAGAUACCAGAACAAAGAUUGCAUAAAAGGUUGGGGGACGGUGGGGGGCAGGGGAAGGGAAUGCGACCAGGCUCAGGUCUGCAGUCUCAGCUCAGACACUGAGCCAAGCAGACACACAGAGCAAGGCCAGACAGGUCAUUCUGACCCAAUCCCAGCUUUUCUCCUGCCUUCCAUUGCCAUGGGGAGCAACCUUAGCCCCCUACUCUGCCUGAUGCCCUUGGUCUUGGGCCUCUUGUCUCAAGGUGUGAGCACAACUCCAUUGCCCUUCACCAGGCCCCAAGUCUCCUGCUCUCUGGAGGGGGUAGAGAUCAAAGGUGGCUCCUUCCAACUUCUCAAGGAGGGCCAGGCGCUGGAGUAUGUGUGUCCUUCUGGCUCCUACCCGUACCCUGUGCAGAUUCGCACCUGCAGGUCCACGGGGUCCUGGAGCAGCCUGAAGACGCGAGACCAAACGGUUGUCAAGAAGGCAGAGUGCAAAGCAAUUCACUGCCCAAGACCACAGGACUUCGAGAAUGGGGAAUACUGGCCCCGGUCUCCCUACUACAAUGUGAGUGAUGAGAUCUCUUUUCACUGCUAUGAUGGUUACACUCUUCGGGGCUCUGCCAAUCGCACCUGCCAAGUGAAUGGUCGGUGGAGUGGGCAAACAGCAAUCUGUGACAAUGGAGCAGGGUACUGCUCCAACCCGGGCACCCCCAUAGGCACAAGGAAAGUGGGCAGCCAGUACCGCCUUGAGGACAGCGUCACCUACUACUGCAGUCGGGGGCUUACCCUGCGUGGCUCCCAGCGGCGAACUUGUCAAGAAGGUGGCUCUUGGAGUGGGACAGAGCCUUCCUGCCAAGACUCCUUCAUGUAUGACACCCCUCAAGAGGUGGCCGAAGCCUUCCUAUCUUCCCUGACAGAGACCAUAGAAGUAGUUGACGCCGAGGAUGGGCACAGUCCAGGAGAACAUCAGAAGCGGAAGAUUGUCCUGGACCCCUCAGGCUCCAUGAACAUCUACCUGGUGCUGGAUGGAUCAGACAGCAUUGGGGCCAGAAACUUCACAGGCGCCAAGAAGUGUCUAAUCAACUUAAUUGAGAAGGUGGCAAGUUAUGGAGUGAGACCAAAAUAUGGUCUAGUGACAUAUGCCACAGACCCCAGCAUUUGGAUCAAAGUGUCUGAUGAACAUAGCAGUGAUGCAGACUGGGUCACAGAGAAGCUCAACCAAAUCAGUUAUGAAGACCACCAUGCUAGGUCAGGGACUAACACCAAGAAGGCCCUCCUGGCAGUGUACAGCAUGAUGAACUGGCCAGAGGACACUCCUCCUGAAGGCUGGAACCGUACCCGCCAUGUCAUCAUCCUCAUGACUGAUGGCUUGCACAACAUGGGUGGAGACCCAGUCCCUGUCAUUGAUGAAAUCCGUGACUUGCUGUAUAUUGGCAAGGAUCGCAAAAAUCCAAGGGAAGAUUAUCUGGAUGUUUAUGUGUUUGGAGUUGGGCCUCUGGUAGACCAAGAAAACAUCAAUGCUUUGGCUUCCAAGAAAAACAACGAGCAACAUGUGUUCAAAGUAAAGGAUAUGGAAAACCUGGAAGACAUUUUCUUCCAAAUGAUUGAUGAAACCAAGACUCUGAGUCUCUGUGGCAUGGUUUGGGAACACAGGGAAGGUACUGAUUACCACAAGCAACCAUGGCAGGCCAAGAUCUCAGUCACUCGCCCUUCGAGUGGACAUGAGAACUGUAUGGGGGCUGUGGUGUCCGAGUACUUUGUGCUGACAGCAGCACACUGUUUCACUGUGGAUGACCAGAAACACUCGAUCAAGGUUGGCGUGGGAGGGAAGAGACAGGAACUAGAGGUAGAAGAAGUCUUAUUUCACCCCAACUACAAUAUCAAUGGGAAAAAGGAAGCAGGAAUUCCUGAAUUUUAUGACUACGACAUUGCCUUAAUCAAGCUCAAGAAUAAGCUGAAGUAUGACCAGACUGUCAGGCCCAUUUGCCUCCCCUGCACUGAGGGAACAACUCGAGCUUUAAGGCUUCCUCAGACAACCACUUGCCAGCAACAAAAGGAAGUACUUCUCCCUGCAAAGAAUAUCAAAGCUCUGUUUGUGUCUGAGGAAAAAAAGAAGCUGACUCGGAAGGAGGUCUACAUCAAGAACGGGGAUAAGAAAGCCAGCUGUGAGAAAGAUGCUCUACGUGCCCCAGGCUAUGACAAAGUCAAGGAUGUAUCUGAGGUGGUCACUCCCCAGUUCCUUUGCACUGGAGGGGUGGAUCCCUAUGCUGACCACAAUACUUGCAGAGGUGAUUCGGGUGGUCCCCUGAUUAUUCACAAGAGAAGUCGCUUCAUUCAAGUUGGUGUAAUCAGCUGGGGAGUAGUGGAUGUCUGCAAAAACCAGAAGCGGCAAAAGCAGGUACCUGCUCAUGCCCGAGACUUUCACAUCAACCUUUUCCAAGUGCUGCCCUGGCUGAAGGAGAAACUCAAAGAUGAAGAUCUGGGUUUUCUAUAAGGGGUUUCCUGCUGGAAAGGGGCACGGGACUGAAUUAAAACAGCUGCGACAACA